AUGGGACGCUCUAUCAACAGACUAUCAUUCUCAAGAAAUAACGUAUGUCAUCAUACUUCACGUUCCGGAAAAUCACGUGUCGCUACAUUAUAUCAGACAUUAUCAAAGAUAAUACAUAAAAUAAUCGAUUAUGGCAUUCUUUCGUGGCUAUUGGAAGGUCGAUAUAUACGAGCACGAUGGGAAAGGCCGUACCUGAAAGAUUUAUAUCAUCGACGAAUGUUAGCUGGAGCUGAUCCUGUACUAAGUCGAUCUGCAUAUCCUAACUGGAAUUACGAUUCGGAAAUUUAUGCCUUUGGCCAUCGAAUUGGUGCUCCAGAAACAAAAAAGGAUGUACUCAUUCGAGCACUAACCGAUAGUUCCUUCUAUCAACGGGCCGAUAUAGCGGAAGAAUCAGCAAAUGCUCAACCAACUAAACAAGAAAGUUAUGAAAUGAAAGAGCACAACAAACAGCUCAUUCAACUUGGGAGUGAAUUUCUAUGGAAGAAUACGUGUGCAUAUUUACGAUAUGGCUUGCUUCGUGCUCCAGAAGAACUCAUUACAAGUUUAGCUUUGAAACUAACUGAUGAUGAACAGAUCGCAAAUUUAGCUACUUAUUUGGGCAUCAAUAAUUUGAUCCGCACUGCCGAAUUUCCGCCUUCAAAUAUCUCUUUAUGUAAUGCGUUUAAAGCUCUCCUUGGAUCAUUACCCUACCAAAGAGCCAUUGCUUUAAUCCGAAAUGUAAUCAUAGCGCAGUUGAUUGAUUUGGAUAUCGAAGAGGUGUUUCCAUUAGCAGAACCGUUUGCAGUGCUCCGGUGCUUUAUGUCUUCUAGUGCAGGUUUGGAAAUAGAACCUCGUCUUUUGCGCUCUGCCGGUGAAAUCAGUGCUGAACCAAUAUUUAUUGCUGGAAUCUACGCUAAUAGGAAACUUAUUGGACAAGGUUAA